AAGAAGAAGAAGCAAACCCUGUGUUUCAGUGGUUAGGUUUUCUUUGAGCUAAGCACACGACACAAGCAGAGCUACUUCACUUCACUUCACAUUCUAUGGUUUUGGUUUCAAAUUGACACGCAUCUGCGAAGAAGGAGAUAAACAAUCCAACUAAUUUGCAACCAUGACGGACUACAUACAAGAACAAGAUAUGGAGAUUGAAGCAUUAGAAGCUAUACUCAUGGAUGAGUUCAAAGAAAUACACUCUGGUGAAAGUGGCCUAAGUACUUCCAACCGGUGUUUCCAAAUAAAGGUCACUGCACAGGAUGAUGAGCCAGAUGGGUCAAUUACUAAUCCAGCUCAACUGGCUUUGAUCUUCUCACACACAGAAAGAUAUCCCGAUGAACCUCCACUUUUGAAUGUGAAAAGUUUGCAAGGACUUGCUACUGAAGAUUUAAGGACUUUGAAAGAAAAACUUCAACAAGAGGCAUCUGAAAAUCUUGGUAUGGCUAUGAUCUACACACUUGUUACCUCAGCUAAAGAGUGGUUGGCUGACCGGUUUGAAGACUCUGGCGGGAGUACUGAAGCAGAUGAGGCAGCCAAAGAGGAUAUAGUGGUACCCCACGGGGAACCAGUUACUGUUGACACAUUUUUGGCAUGGAGAGAAAGGUUUGAAGCUGAACUGGCACUGGAACGAGCCAAGCUAAUGCCAGAGUCUGCGCUUUCAGCUCCCAAGGAAAAGAAGCUCAGUGGUAGACAGUGGUUUGAAAGUGGAAAAGCGAAAGGUGCAGCUACUGUCCCUGAGGAAUUAGAUGAGGAGGAUGAGGAUGAUAUUGACUUUGAUGAUGAUGACUUGGAAGUUGAUGAAGAGGAUAUGCUUGAGCAUUAUCUGGCUGAAAAAUCUGAUUCAUCUACACACUCUUCCAGGAGGGCUAGUUAAAUUGCAUAUGCAGCAUUAUCGGGCAGUGUUUUACAGUUUGCCUUGCUGAUUUUGCGGAGGUUCUGCCAUCCUUCUAGGACACCGGAGGAUUUGGUUUUUUGAUAUUAUCUAGGGAAAAUGAGUAUUGAGCAGAAGUGUUUCAUAUGUGACAUUGUCUUUCACUUAAAGCGCCGUUUGAUGUGAGAGAGAUAUUUUUUGUCUGUAGUCGACAGCCAUGUGUUGUAUGAAAGCAACAACUUAUGGACAAACAACUAUUCAACUCAAUAUAAAGCACAAGAAAUAAGAUGCAUUUGUUUUAUUGUGAA